UGAUGUCUUUUAUGGACUUCAAUAGAUUACGUGUUGCUGAAUCAAACAUUAACAAAACCUUUGAACCUGCAUUCAGUGGUACGCAACCAACCACCUUACCCAGCAAAGGAGUUUGUUUAUAUUCAUUUUGAUGACAUUUUACCACGGUUGUACAACGUAGAGUGAACCGCUCUCCAAGCCAACCUCGCUUUCCCUACCUUUUAUCUAGAACGUCAUACCGUUUGACUCAUUUCUAAAACUUUUCAACUCGGGUGGCGGUGGUGGAUCCGGGUAGAGACGUAACCUCCCCCUUAGCUUUAAGUGUGCGAUACAAAAUCAAUUGAUCAAUUUAAAUAUGCUCAAAGUCCUAAGUACAUAGGUGUUAUGACGGGUCUUAUGAGAUUUGUAUAUACAUGAAUGUACAUGAAGACCUGCUGCUGUAUAUACGACCUGUCAUCAUAACACCUGCUGAAACAGUCCGACAGAAACUUUCAUGAGCGCGGCCUUCCAACCAGAAAAUGUCAACCGAAGUUCAGGCUAAGCCUCCUAAUAUUUUGGUAUACACUGGGACCAAGGACACCCAGAUUGAACAGAGUAAGUUCAACCUGGUGAAAGAGGUGCUACAGCAAUGUCUUGGUCCUGACUAUUAUACUAUCUAUCAAUUAAAACAUGACCAAGUCCUCAGCCAGCCCUGGGCUGAGAAUACCGCGCUCCUUGUGGUAGCAACACCAGACGAGACAGGAGAUGCAGUCAGCCAAAAGUUUGAGCACUUUGUUCAUGAAGGCGGCCGGCUACUCAGCUUCUGUCCCCAUUUUAACAUGGGGCUACUGGUGGUCUUCGGAAAAUGGCGUCAAGGUAUAGUGUAUCACCCCCCGCAAGGUUCUGCAAAAGAAGUAGAUGUGUACGUCACUGGGCUAUGCUUCGCAAGUCCACUUCAGGUAGACAAGGUCUCCACCACCGUCAAAGUCAUCGGAACCACCAAGAAUGAAAACCGACCCCUGAUUGUUGACGCCUGCGUCGGGAGCCAUGAUGGAAGGGCCCUUCUGUCACAGGCACAUCUAGAGAUGAACCCAAGUGAUGACGAAGUGAGAGGUACGGAGAUGUUUACCCAGCUGAAGAAGUCCAACCCCCGAAGGUACGAGGUGCUGAAAGACCUUCUUACUACUCUGGGUCUGACCUGCUCAGGCGGCGAGGUGGCAGCUCUUACACCCUCUCACUUACUUGUUGUGGAUGACACUCUACAAAACACUGUUGUACAAGCCAUCUCAUCUCAUCUUGAUGAGAAGAGGGCUUUGAGGGGUGGGCAAGUGAGCCUCCUGUUUGUGGAACACCCAGAGGCUGCCACUGCAACACCAGAGGAACUACCAGUAUUCAUAGGAGGCGCUGUAGACAGUUUUAACUGGCAGGUGUACAGAGACAACCUGAAGACAAGAAUUUUGGGAAAGGUCGUCCUCUACACAGAGGUCCUACCAACGACAAUGACAGUUCUGGAUAGGUUGCCCAGUUGUGUUCCAGAGGACACGGGUCUCAUAGCGAUAGCUCACAGGCAAACCAGCGGCAGAGGUCGGGGUGGAAAUGUAUGGCUGAGUCCUGUUGGCUGCGCCAUGUUCACCCUCCAUGCAAGAAUUCCUCUCCAAUCCGAGCUUGGGAACAGGCUGAAGUUCAUCGGCCACAUCACUUCCCUGGCAGUUGUGGAAAGCGUCAGGACACUGCCCGGGUAUAAGGACAUUGACUUGCGUCUGAAGUGGCCAAAUGACAUCUAUUAUGGGGAGAGUAUGAAGAUUGGUGGGGUCAUGGUCACGUUCAACACUGAAGGCAACAUCUGCAGCGCGCUUAUUGGUUGUGGCUUCAAUGUGAGUAACAGCAACCCGACCAUCUGCAUCAAUGACCUGGUGAAACAACACAACAAACUGCACAACACAGACCUCCCCGACUUCACCACAGAGGAGCUCAUCGCACGGGCUGUAACCAUCAUUGAGGAGGUUGUGCAGGAGUUCCAAGAGAACGACAGUGAUACCUUCUUACAGAGAUACUACAACAGGUGGAUUCACAGUAAGCAAAGGGUCCACCUCGACAGUGAGAAUGGACCACUGGCGACUAUUGUGGGGCUGGACUACUCCGGGUUCCUGUCUGUGGUCAAGGAAGAUGGUGAGGAAGUUAGCGUGGAGCCAGACGGGAACAGCUUUGACAUGCUCAAGAACCUCAUCACCAAGAAGACUCGGCAGUAGAUCGACUUUCCAAAUGCUUUUAUGACCCCGUCCCCAUGAUAGAAAUUGAUCAUGCAUGUACGCAUGUAGUAGUAUCUAGUGAACCUUCAAGUAAACAGCUUCAAUCCACAUAACCACUACUAGAAUAGUCCGGACAUAGCAAGUAAAACUGUCAUAAAGAUUGAGAAUUCUAGAACAUUGCUGCCGAUGGCCGGAUAAAUUUUGGUUCAAGAAUGUAAUACUUUCUACUUCCAUAAUUAAAGACACGAACGUCAUUAGAAUGUCGCAAUACGCUGUAGGAAGGUUUUAGCUCUAGACAUCAGAUUAAGCGUCUAAACCGAUGUUGGCUAUAUUUUGUGUUAUGGCAAUGACGCUACUGCGCAAAACGUAACAGUGCGCCGCGCAUCACCUAGCAACCAUGUUGGAAGGUUUUGGCAAACACUACAAACAUACACAGCUGUUAAUUCAAGGUCAAACAAAGAGCAAGGGCAAUCCAAGUACUCCUUUGUGACCAAAGUUAAACGACAGAUCACAGACAUGUGUCUUUUGAAGAAGGAUGAUUUUGAUACAAUCUUAACGGUGGACAUUGUUGACUGCGAGGGAAAGACUGUCCGCUGCAGAAAGAGCUUGCUGUAUAGCCAGAGCGAGUUCUUCCGUGAGAAGUUUGUUGGGCAGGCAAUACAAGUAAUUGAGAAUUAAUUUAUCGAUUUGA